AAGUUAUUUUGCCAUAAUGAGCGCUGUAAAUAUUGAUAUUGGGACGGUUUAUACAUUCAGUCUGUCUGUAAUUAUCUGCCAGACUUUUUCUGAUCUUUUUUGUUUUUAUGUCUUCAUAAGUUUUCAUUAUAAGCUGUUGUUUGCUUGCCAACACACGUCUUCUCCAUUUCUGCAUCAGUAAAUCUGUGUGUGUGUUUGUGUGUGUGUGUCUCAGAAUGACUGAAGUCCAGCAGAUGAGUGAUUGUGUGGAGAAAGACGAGGACAGAGCAGAGUCUCCAGGACCCAGCUGUCUGUCUGUGAAGAGUGACCAGUCUAUGUAUCGACCUCUAAGCUUCAGUCAUGAACCUGGAGCCUCAGAGACAAAAGGUCAGAACCAGAGACAGAGAGCGGAGUCUCCAGGACCCAGCUGUCUGUCUGUGAAGAGUGACAAGUCUUUGGAACGAAUUAUAAGCUUCAAUCGUGAACCUGGAGACUCAGAGACACAACACAAGUUUGCCGUUUCUGUGGACAAGCAUACGUCCUGCUGUCCUCUGUGUCAGGACGUCCUGAAGGAUCCAGUCUCCACCAGCUGUGGUCACUGGUUCUGCAGACGCUGCAUCUCCUCAUACUGGCACCAGUCUGGUCCACCAGGAGACUCCUGCUGUCCCCAGUGUGGGAAAAGACCCAGAACAGGACGUGGACCACAGACCAUCAGUGUACAAAGUAAGACUUCAGAUGUUGGUCUGCAGGAGGUUCUACAUGAACAUAAGAUGAGUCUGAGGAGGAGAUUUGAACAUGUGACUGAAGGAAUUGAUGGAAGAGGAAGUAGAACCCUCCUGAACAGGAUCUUCACUGAGCUCUACAUCACAGAUGGACAGAGUGAAGAGGUCAAUACUCAACAUGAGGUGAUGCAGCUGGAGACAACCUCCAAGAAGAAGAUGGUCCAGGACACUCCCAUCAAGUACUGCGACAUCUUUAAAGCCUUACCUGACCAGCAGGGGAGCAUCAGAGUCGUCCUGACCAAUGGUGUUGGAAAAACCUUCUCAGUGCAGAAGUUCACUCUGGACUGGGCCGAGGGUUUGGAAAACCAGGAUGUGAAUCUGCUGAUUGUGCUUUCGUUCAGGGAGCUGAACCUGAUCAGAGAUGAGCAGCACAGUCUUCUCACACUGCUCCAUGUUUUCUAUCCAACAUUACAGAAGGUCAGCGCAGAGAAGCUCGCUGUGUGUAAACCUUUGUUCAUCUUUGACGGCCUGGAUGAAAGCAGACUCUCACUGGACUUCAACAGCAGGACGCUUGUUUCUGACGUCACACACAGGUCAUCAGUCAACGUGCUGCUGACCAACCUCAUCCAGGGGAAUCUGCUUCCCUCGGCUCUCAUCUGGAUAACUUCCCGACCUGCAGCGGCCAAUCAGAUCCCUCCUACAUGUGUUGAGAGGUUAACAGAAGUACGAGGCUUCACUGACGACCAGAAGGACGAGUACUUCAGGAAGAGAUCCAGAACUGAAGAUCUGUCCAGCAGAAUCAUCUCACACAUCAAGACGUCCAGGAGCCUCCAUAUUAUGUGUCAAAUUCCAGUCUUCUGCUGGAUCAGUGCUACAGUUCUGGAGCACAUGUUGACCACAGAGCAGAGAGGAGAGCUGCCCAAGACCCUGACAGACCUGUACUCACACUUCCUGCUGGUUCAGACAAAGAGGAAGAAGAACAAGUUUGAUAAAGGAUCUGAGACGAGUCCACAGGAACUGAUGGAGGCCGACAGGGACAUUCUUCUGAAGCUGGGGAAGCUGGCCUUUGAACAUCUGCAGAAAGGAGACAUCAUGUUCUACCAAGAAGACCUGGAGCAGUGUGGUCUUGAUGUGACAGAGGCCUCGGUGUACUCAGGAGUUUGUACAAAGAUCUUCAGAGGAGAGAGUGUGAUCUUCCAGAAAACAGUCUACUGCUUUGUUCAUCUGAGCGUUCAGGAGUUUCUGGCCGCAGUCUACAUGUGCCACUGUUUCACCAACAGGAAGACAGAGGUACUGCAGGACUUCUUCAGAAAAGAAGAUGGUGAUGAUGAUGGUGGUGGUUACACUUCUCUGGAUGUCUUCCUGAAAGAAGCCAUGGAGAAAUCACUUCAAAGUGAAAAUGGUCACCUGGACCUGUUUGUUCGCUUCCUUCAUGGACUCUGUCUGGAGUCCACCCAGAGACUCUUAGGAGGUCUGCUGGGUCAGACUCAGAACAGUCCAGAAAUCAUCCAGAGAGUCAUCGAGAACCUGAAGGAGAUGAACACAGACAACAUCUCACCUGACAGAAGCAUCAACAUCUUCCACUGUCUGACAGAGAUGAAAGACCAAUCAGUGCAUCAGAAGAUCCAAGAGUUCAUGAAGUCAAAGGACAGAGGACAGAAACUCUCUGAGAUCCACUGCUCAGCUCUGGCCUACAUGCUGCAGAUGUCUGAGGAGGUUCUGGAUGAGUUGGACCUGAACAAGUACAACACAACGGUCCAGGGAAAACGCAGACUGAUUCCAGCUGUGAGGAACUGCAGGAAGGCUCGGUUGAGGGACUGCAGUUUGUCAGAGAUCAGCUGUUCUUCUCUGGUCUCAGUUCUGAAAUCCAACUCCUCCCACCUGAGAGAGCUGGACCUGAGCUGGAACUAUUAUCUGCAGAAUUCAGGAGUGAAGCUGCUGUGUUCUGGACUGGAGAGUCCACUUUGUAGACUGGAGACUCUGAAGUUGAGGGGCUGCAGUUUGUCAGAGAUCAGCUGUUCUUCUCUGGUCUCAGUUCUGAGGUCUAACUCCUCCCACCUGAGAGAACUGGACCUGAGCUGGAACAAGGAUCUGCAGGAUUCAGGAGUGAAGCUGCUGUGUUCUGGACUGGAGAGUCCACAUUGUAGACUGGAGACUCUGAAGUUGAGGGGCUGCAGUUUGUCAGAGAUCAGCUGUUCUUCUCUGGUCUCAGUUCUGAGGUCUAACUCCUCCCACCUGAGAAAACUGGACCUGAGUGACAGCAAGGAUCUGCAAGAUUCAGGAGUGAUUCUGCUGUGUUCUGGACUGGAGAGUCCACAUUGUAGACUGGAGACUCUGAAGUUGAGGGGCUGCAGUUUGUCAAAGAUCAGCUGUUCUUCUCUGGUCUCAGUUCUGAGGUCUAACUCCUCCCACCUGAGAAAACUGGACCUGAGUGACAACAAGGAUCUGCAGGAUUCAGGAGUGAUUCUGCUGUGUUCUGGACUAGAGAGUCCACAUUGUAGACUGGAGACUCUGAAGUUGAGGGGCUGCAGUUUGUCAGACAUCAGCUGUUCUUCUCUGGUCUCAUCUCUUAAGUCCAACCCCUCCCAACUGAAAGAACUGGACCUGAGUGGGAACUAUCUGCAGGAUUCAGGAGUGAAGCUUCUGUCUGAUCUUGUGAAGAGUCCAGACUACAGACUGGACACUCUGAGGCGGGAGUGAUGAUGAUCUUCAUCCUGAGUCCUGCUCUGUGACGCAGCUUCAGCAGAUCUGGGACAAACAUCAUCUG